CAACGUGUGGAAAUGUCAAGCAUGCAUAACCUGCAGUAAUUGUUUAUUGACACUUUAAAAAAAUUACUCCAAAGCAAACGUGUCGCAAAACAUACUUCAACUUUUGAAUUCGAAAAAUCAAUAAUUUUAUUUUUGAGAUAAUAUCUGCGUAGAGUAUAAAGGAAACUGUAACGAAACAUUCUUGGUUAUUGUCGGAGUAUAUAACCUCGAUAGUGUUCUGCAUUACGAAUAUAUACAAUUUGAAAAAAUAAUUGCUAAUUGGCUAAACUGGCUAAAAAAUAUUGCGGUCUUCUGUAUUGAAACGAAAAUUGAAAAAAUGAAUUCCGCGAGUACUGAGUGGAACUAAUAAAAAUCCUCCGACGCACGUAACCUCGAACUUUUAACGUGGCAUAGAAAAUAACAAAACAAUGGGAAUUCGCGGAUUGACGACAUACAUCAAUGGGAAGUCCAGAUUUUUUGAACCGUACGAGUUACAUGGAGGUUAUCUCGUGAUCGAUGCUUUUAGUUUGAUGUGUCAACUCUACUUGGGUUCAAAAUGCAAUUGUGCCUUUGGUGGGGACCACGACACAUUCGCACACACAGUUUCCGAGUUUUUCGACGAUCUCGCAAAAUGUGAAGUAACACCUUUGGUAAUAUUUGAUGGCGGAAGGGAGCAGAAGAAAAAAAAAACUUCCGAGCUUAGAAUGAGAGAGAAAUUCCAGUCAGCAAAACAUUACAAUCCGUCGUCACAGGAAAAAUUCAUGCCGACAACACUAAUCCUCUCUUAUAUGGAUGUUCUACUGAAAAAAUCAAUCAAAAUGUGCCGUGCUGUUUUUGAGGCUGAUGCUGACAUAGCAGGUGUAGCUAAAGCCCUCAAUUGUCCAGUACUGAGCAAUGACUCAGACUUUUACCUCUUUGGAGUCUUGUACAUUCCGAUGAGUAGUCUAGAUCCAUUUAUUGUGAAGCAAAAAAAUAGUUAUGUGAAACGUUGCUGCAUCUAUAGAGUAGAAAAUCUUUUACGAUCAUUUCCUGGCCUGGAUGCCACAGUUUUUACCCUUAUAGCCAUUCUUCUGGGUAAUGAUUACAUUCGGGGUGGUGUUUUGAAGGCUUUUUUUGGAUCCCUCAAGAUUUUGCAGCAGAAUCAAAGAUUAUAUAAUGAACAACAAAGAAAAAUCCAUACGACGCUGCAUUGGUUGAAAAAUUAUAAUCUUAAUGACGCCGUUGCUGCGAUUCUAAGUAAAUUGCGUAAAAAACGUCGUCGCAGAGCACUUUAUAUGAUAGAACUUGUGAUCAACGGUUAUAUUGAAACACCUUGCAGAUUGCUUGUCCCACUCGGAUUCGAAAAUCUGUACCGGGAGCACAUGAACAGACGUCAGUGCAGAAAACUCUUCAAAUUCAAAGGUGAUAUUGACACUCUUGAAUCUUCCCAAUUAUGGAGAGACGCCGCAAUAUCCACAGACGAAAAUUUGGGCAGAGAGGACGAAGAUUUGAACGAGAACAGUGAAAAUUCGAGCUCCGAUCAGGAGACCGAAGAAGAGACCUGUGAAACAGGGAAAACAUAUUACAACACGAAUAUUGAGGAAACUUGGCCAUCGUGGUUCUCAGAGAGAUAUUCCAAAGGGGAAUUUCCUUCCUAUUUUGUCGAUAUCAUGAAUCUAAGGCAGUUUAAUGCCUCGACUCAGAUAGAAGACUUCAAUUACCCAAGUCCGAGUUUCACCAGCUUGGAAAUAAUGCGAGUCAUUGAUGGUUUGCUCCUAUCAGGUCGUUCGGACCAAGUUCCAGGCUUGCUAUACUUGACCAGAGAUGGAGAAAAUUCUAACCGAUGCCGUUUAGAAGAAAUUUUGACAGGCACGCAAUCGGUAAAGUUCCCAACUCUCGCUGAACUUGGAGCCACUAAAAUGGAUAUUAAAAAGCGAAUCAUCGAUGAUACUCUAGGAAUUACUGGCAAAGAAAGCCUUUUUGAGGAUCUGCCAGCGAAAUGGAGACUCUAUGUAGCAACUAUAUUUUUCUGGAUGAAAAGUGACCAAGAACCGGCAAGAAAUUCUUGCCACAUAAAUGCUAUUCUCUUGGCCAUGCUCAUCGGAGUCAUCGACCAGAAAAUUGGCUAUCAUCGAUCUCAAAGAAGCUUUAACAAAGCUUUCGAAAGAAAAAUAACGGAAAUUUUGGCUAAAAGAAAAAUCUCUAAAUCUGCCAGUCCUGCGAGUGCUCUGGCAGAAGAAAGUUCUGUAAUCGAAGCUGUCGACUCUGUAAACGAGGAGGACUGUCUCAUCGCCGCUCCUUUCUUCAUUUCUCAUCGUCUUCCCGAUCAAAAACUCGUCGCCUCUCCCCACAAAUUCGACUCUACGAUUGUUCACGUUUUUGCACAGUUUCAAGCUUGUCUCGGAGCUGCGAUCCAACUUAAUUCUCUUUUGGGCUAUCCUUACGAACAUUCGAACAUUUCCGAAUGUUACAAUGGAACCAUGCUCUACAAUCUCUACACCAAUUUUGAAAAACGCUCCGACGUAGAAGCUUACAUUUUCGUGACUCUCGAAAACUCUCCGAGUCUUUCGAAACUCAUGAAAUUACUCUUCACUAAAAUUAAAAAUAUCCUAGAAGAUGUUCCUGUUACGACUGGUAAUAAAGCUACCAAAAGACGACGUAACAAGAAAAAAAAGAAAGAAAUAAGCGACGAUGAAAAGAUGAUUUGUGAGGACGAAAACGACGCUUUCGAUGUACAAACACAUUUCCACGACCCUAGCAAUCUGUUCUCGGUUCUUGGAACUGCUACACAAUAAUUCUCACUCAUGGGCCAUGUAUUUUAUAAAUACAUUGGUCGAUGAAUGUAAAAACUUUUUAUUAUUGUAAAAUAAAGAUUUUAUUGAUUUUCAAAAAAUA